UCGCACGGAUCGGAUGUGAAAAGCGGUUGGAAAAUCGCCAGGCGCCUAACGCAUCGUUUCGAAUUUUGUUUCGAAUUGAAAAACCCGCGUUUGGAAAAACCCAGACCACCUGAAAAUAAUCCAAAUAAUAUACACAGACUAUAAUAGCUAGUCAAUGUGUUUCUACGGUCGGAACACAAGUUUUAUGGUGGAAAACAUCUGAAAAGAAGGAAAAUUUUUGUGCGUUUCGGUUUCGGCUUCACUUCACAUUAUCUAAAAAUAACGGAAAACAAGGAGAAAGAAAGUGAACAAGUGCAAAAAAAUUAUUUCACUAUACUUAUAAAUAUAUAUAUAUAUAUAUAUUCUAUAUAAAGUGGGCUGCCACCGCUGUUAUUUUUUAUACAAAUUAUCGAUCAAAUACAUAAGUAGUGCCCCCCAAACCCAAAACAGCAUAAACUUUUUGGAUGGAUGUUCGAGUUUGGUGACCAACCAGCCACAAACAAAAUUUACCGCCGGCGGGGAAAGUGAGUGAAGGUGCCAACAGCCAACAGCUGAAGGAAAGAAAGAGUGCACCACCACAAACAAAUCAAAAAUCGCAAAAAAAAAAAAAAUAGUACAAAAAUUCAUACACCAACCAAAAACUCAGAUUAUGAAUUAUGCAACAAUGAAACCACAGCAGCCAAAUAGAGGCGACUAGAACCACAGCACGAACUGGCUUAAUGCACACCAGUAGAAACCCCUAGACUUGGCCAGAAAACUCGAAACACAGCAACCAGCAACCAGAAACCAGGACCGAAAGUCAACUGAAAUUUCCCAGGAGGAAGGCAGCUGGCGGCGGCGAACAAUAAAGCGCAUUCGCCAUGGUGGACGACAUCUCCCCGAUGCAUCAUCGGAUGCAGAAGAAGACGCGGAGCGCCUCGAUUUGUGCCACGGGUGCCAGCAUCGAAACGGUCAUCCAUGGGAUGCCCGGCGCCUCCGGAAGUGCCACGCCCGAGGGCGGUACACCUGGCUACCGGCGACGCCGGCCGGCAACGCGCUCUCAGAGUGCCCGCAUCACCUCGGGCGCCAGAUCGGUUCGGCAGAAGACGAAGGCGCAGCAGCAGCAGCAGCAGCAGCAGCACACGCUGCAGGAGACACGGAGCUACUGCACCAGCGAACCCCGCCUGAGCGAAACGGAGACGCCUCCGCAGCGCCGAAAGCUAUCGCAGCGGAGGCCGCAGCCGCACGGAGGACACAGAAAAUCGAACGCCUUCCUGGACGUGCCCACAAUGAACAUGCAUCACCUGCGCGUCAACGACGACGACGAGGAUGUGGACCGAUUGCGCACUUUCAGUGCCUCCAAAGGAGGUAUCAUUAAUCGAGGUGACUCGUUUCGCCGGCGACGCUCGAGGAGCAACAGCCUGGCGCCCUCGAGUCCCAUGCACACACGCAACGGCGUGGGCGGCCUGGGGGGCGUGUCGGGGCGGGGGAGCAGCUUGGGCCUGGGAUGCGGAUACAAUGGCGGCAGCAGCAGCGGCAACGGAUUCGGAAACCCCAAUCCCCAGGAGAACCAUCAGCCGGUGGAAUUCUAUCGCGUGGAAAUGCUCGGAUCGGCGGGCGUGGGCAAACAGGCGUUGGUCUCACAGUUCCGCACCUCGGACUGCAUCAAUGCCUACGAUGGACCUGAAUGCGACGAGUCCGAGCAGAACGUCUCAAUCAUCUUGAAUGGCACCGAGUCGGAGCUGAAGUUCCUCACUGGCAAUCCGGAGAGCAAGGACGAACUGGAGCAGGCGGAUGCCUUCCUGGUGGUCUACUCCUGCAUUGACAAGGAGUCCUUCACGCGGGCCAAGCAGAUACUAUCGCGGCUGCAGGACAUGGACCUGCUGCGCCACCGCUCCACCAUUCUGGUGGCCAACAAAAUUGAUUUGGCCCGCUCACGCGCCGUUUCCGCCCAGGAUGGCAAAUGUCUGGCCUGCACGUUCGGAGCAAAGUUUAUCGAGGUCUCCGUGGGCAUCAAUCACAAUUGUGACGAGCUUCUGGCUGGCACGCUCACCCAGAUUCGCCUGAAGAAGGACCAAAACCAGCUGCAGCAUAAUCCGAAAAAAUCAAAAGAUAAAAGCAAAUUUAGAGAAAACACAAACGUAGAGACUGUAGAAACUGAUAAAUGUCUGACUGAUCUUAAAGCCGGCGAUGGGGGACCGAGGGAUGCCAAUUCACCGGCGCAUUGGUACAAAAGUCGCAGUGUGAUGGCGGCCAGCAUGAAGGCUCGCCAGAUGCUCACCUGGAUCCUGGGCAAGGAGGACUCCAAGUUCAAGCACUGCGAAAAUCUGCAGGUGCUCUAAAACAAGAAUGCAACAACAAAACAAAAAAAACCAACCAAAUCGUCUAUAUACUUACCUAGGUUUUAAGUGUGUCGAUAUGUGAAUAUAUAUAGAUAUAUAUAUACUUAUAUGUGUAUAACCGGCAGGCAGAAAGCUUUAUCUCUAAGUGCUACCAGAUGGGCUCAUCUAAUAUGUAAACAGGUUUCGACGGUUCGAAGCUCUCCAAUCCCCAUGUAAACAACCAUUUGCAUACUCACGAGUGUGUGCAGCCAGCUAUUUGUAAUGUCUAACUUAAGCCUGAUAAUCAAAAAUUAAAUCAAAUUUAAUGUAAAACAUAGGGACAUAAUGCCAGCAUAAUGCAGCAACUAUAUGUGUACGAGCAACUUAAUGGAACCAAGCGAAAGGAGCAAAACCAAAAACUACUAACUGAACUAAACUAAACAGAGAACAACUCUACUUAAGUACUUAACUAGCGACUUUAGUAACUUUUCUAAGCCAAGAGCAAGUAGGGGGAAUAUUUUUCACAAGCUGACUAGCGGCUUAACUAUUUACAAGGAGAUAGGUGUGCGAAAUGUUCUUAUUUAACAACAUAUAUGUAACCAAAGGCGAACGAUUUUCAUAUAAGAUUUAUUUAGAGUGUGUACGUAUGAAGUUUUGUUUUAUUUUCUGCAGCUUAGGGGAGUUUUACAGGGUCCUUAAUCAAAAGUUAGUUAGCUGCCUAGUCAGAAACAAAAUAAGAAUACAUAACCCCCGAUGAGUGUCCAUCACAUAUUUAUAUUGUAGAAUUAGAAUUCAUAUUCUUUGUGUCUUCCUUAGUCAAAUAUGUACGUAUGUGUCGGUGUGUUUAUAUUAGGGAUCCUUCCAAGAUAGUGCAAUGCAAGGAAUUCACGUGUCAUCCACAAAGCCUUCAGAUGUAAAUGUGCUCAAUGUGGAAACAUGAAAAAAUACAAUAAUAUCCUUAACUCUAAUGAGAAAUAUUUAGAUUGGUGUGUACAUAUGUUUAAUCACUUGUGGAUAUUUGCAAAGCGCAUAGGUUCUACAACAAAAAAUAAAAUAAAAUAUUUAAAUGUUUAACAAUAUAAA